AACUGCUUUCGCUCGCAUCUCGCAAUGCCCUAUCACGUGGUUAAAUUAGUGCGGUUUUUUUUUCCUGGUGAGCUUGGAUCGCAAACAAGACUUUGCUUUCGUGACUUUGUGUGUGCUUGGAAUUCACCGUGUGUGAAUAGUCACAACUAGAACUCGAAUGCGACUUGCAAACGAAGACUUACUCCUUCGGAGACUCCCAUGCGACGGCAAGGGCAGGCAGAGCCGUUUGUGCUGACGGUGUGAUGUUUCCUCACCGCAGAAUGCCGUGCCACAUCACCAUUCUCUAUGUAUACAGCAUCAUCAGCCUCACGGCACUUUUUCACGCGACGCUUGUUGCAGCCGAGAUUGUUGCCAUCCCUCACAGCAAUUCCACACCAGGGAUAAAGCACUUCUUCGAUCAAGAGCUGAGUUUCUCGGCUAUGGUGCCUGAUGAAGGAGUUCCUGGCUUGCUAACCAUUGCAUCACCUUUAGCAGCAUGUCAACCAAUUGCCCCUCCACCAUUUCCAUCCAAUGACAGUUUUGCCUGGUUUGUCCUGAUUGCCAGGUUCGAGUGUGGGCUGUCAGACAAAGCACGUUUUGCCCAAGAGGCAGGAUAUGAUGUGGCUGUGAUUUAUGACCGUAAAGCGCACAACAGUGGCCCUUUUGAGACCCACAUUACACCGGAGCCCAAGUACUACCCUGUCAGAGGAAAUGGCCUGAAGGACACUGACGACCUUAAUAUUUAUGCUGUUAUUGUGAGUGAAGAAACUGGGAUUCGGCUCAAGCGAUAUACUUACAAGGAUGACUAUGAGGUGAAGCUUUACCCAGAGAGUUUCCAGAGCAUAUUCAGCUAUCUGCUGCCCUUCCUAGUGAUUGUUGGUGUCUGCAUUCUUGGACUUCUAGUCUUUGUGUUUUGUGAAUCUCUCCCUCAGUUGGUGCGCUGCAUUCGAGACUGGCGCAAGAAGAGGAAGUCUCGGCUGUCGCGCAAGUUUCUCAGGCAGCUGCCAACUACAAAGUACAAGAAGGGAGACAUAUACGAGACGUGCGCCAUCUGCCUUGAGGAUUAUGUUGAAGGGGACAAGCUGCGCAUUUUGCCUUGUGCACACGCAUACCACUGCAAGUGCAUCAAGCCAUGGCUGCUGCACAACAGGCGUACAUGCCCCAUCUGCAAACGCAAGGUGGUCCUUCCAGGCAUGGACCCCAACUCUGACUCGGAAGGUGAAGACGAAGGGACCAAUGCCACAGAGCGUACACCACUGCUGGCGGGCUCCGGUGGUGGCGGUGGCGGAACGUUCGAUAGCUCACCGUCGCUGUUUCGCCAGCCAACAGAAGCUACACUCGUCGUACGGGGCUCCGCUAAUCGCCCCAUUAUUCACACGGCGAGCUUCCACCACGAAGACAGUGGCAUGCCGACUAGUAGCUCAUGCCCAACACACGUGAGCACGACACAUUCCCUGAACCGCGACGUUGACAGCAGCAGUAUCAGCAGUGGCGCCGAAGAUGAAGUGCAGGUCAGGCCUAGCCAGUCUGCAAGUACACAAGGUGAAAGCCAGCAUCAUUUGCGGUUGUAGCACACACACCGAAAGGAUAGGAGUUAGCCUUUAGUGGGCAGGGCAGUUACCACGGUAGUUUCGUACCUUUAGGAGUGUACUUUUUUUCGCACAACAAUAACUGCCGUCAUUGUCGUGAGCGGUCCAUCUGUCUGAAAGUUGGGCUAGUUUGUACAUUUGCUUGUCAGGUGGUUCGAAGAUGACGCAGACGCAAGAUUGUUGUGUGUCCCGUUUGCUUGUGUCUGUGUCUUCCUUAUGCUUUAGUUUUUUGACAAGCGGUAUCACGUUUGCACUGGUUUCCCUGUCACUAAUGCUUAGGGCAGUGAUGGUUUGUAAUUUAUGAAAACACUGCAGACACUACGUGUGAUGGGAAGUGCAGUAUUGAAAUCAUGUUGGUUGUUGUGGAACAAAAGUGCACACCUCAAGGUUUAAAAUCCUACUACAGUUUAGAGGAGCCAUAUAGAAUUCUCAAACACCGACUUGAUAGUGAUAACUCAGUGUAUGGGGUAUGUACCUGUUUAUUUGCCUCUGUCAGCGCACUUGUUUAGCAGACACAAAAGGAAACGACUACACGGCGCUAUGCUGGUGCAGUGUCACUUUUUGUCAAGUCAGCUGCUUGCAGUCAGUCGGGCUGUUGGAAUGUGUGUGUGCGCUCUCCAUAGCCGAAAUUUUAAUUCUCGCCCAGCCCCAUUUGGCAAUGGUACUGCUUCACACUUCGCUUGUGUGUGGUGUCUCUAGGUAAUCUCGAGAAAUGGUCCUAGUUCGCCUUAGUAAAUUGUAGGUGGCGGGUGCUGUCCUAAUUAUUACUGAUGCAGCCGUGCAAUAAAAAAGCGCCGUAUAAGUGGUUGCAGUACAGCUGAGGCUAGCGGUGUCUUGCAGCAUUGCUAUUUGGCUCAUCUGCACGUGUAGCAUGUCGCAGAUGUUUGCUGCGCCGAGUGGCCCAUGCUGGUCACUUUUUAAUGCUGGGCAGUGUUGUAAGUUGCUAAAGGGGCAUACAGGACAAUUCCUGGAAAGCAUUGACGUAGUGAAAGCCACAGCCCUUAAGCUUCAGUUAUUAAGACAGUUAGCACAUAGCUAUGUGAGGUCACUUCAUAACCAGCUUCUUCUUUGAAGUGUUCAUGUGUAUGUUGGGUAAUGGGCACCCAUGAUAUUGAUUGGGGCUGUAGCCAACCGAUCUGGAACAACUGAUGCACUGAGCAUAUAUAUAUGUGUGUGUGUGUGUGUGUGUGUGUGUGUGUGUCAUGCUGCCUUUAUUGUUGUAGCACCUGGAGUCUCUUAAGCUAGUAGAUUCUUGACUGUACAAGAGUUUGCAUUGUAAGCUUGCAGUGCUGUGUGAUCUGCAAGGGUUUCUACUGGUGUGUAAAUUUGCCUGGAUUCUUUUAUCUGUGCACCUGAGAGAAGAAUGUCACAUUUCUGGUAGUUGUUGUGUGGGAUCUAUGGCAUAGAUAUAGACUUGUUUUCAUAGCAACAACACUGAGUAUAAUUUUGCCAUUAGUCGUCAGUCAUGUUUCCACGUCCAGUGAUCCACAGACUAAACUGGUUGACAGUAACGUAGUGAGGUUACUCAUCGCAGGUCUGAAGGUAUGGGAACGUUUUGUCAUGAACUUGAUCCUUAAUGUAUCAUUUCAGCUUACUGGCAUGCUUUAUGUGUGUGCUGGUGCUGAAACUUGCAUAUUGUGAGUGGUAAUUUUAUGCAUUCAUUCAUAAUUCAUUGUCUGUAUAUCUUGCUUUAUCGUGCGAACAUUCAGCGGCCAGUCGUGCGAUGUUUUUUAAUAUAUCAUGAAGGGACUAUGGUGAUGGUGGGAGCAAAUUUUUCGCCCAAGACAUGUUCUGCGUGUCAUGUGGGCAAUCGUGUCACUUUAUUUGACUGGAUAUUGCGUCUAAAAAGCAGCGACGUUGUUGGCUUUGCAGCCUUCGCAAGAUACAAAGCUUAGUGGAAUCGGCACUGCAUGUUGCUGCCAAGUGCAAUUUUUACUCCUUGUGAUUCAGUGGCAUUUCAUUUUAACUUUGUUCAGGUACUUUUUUUUGUUCUGUGUGUGUGUUGUUUUUCGAAGCAAGUGUGUAAUCUGCAAUGUGUAAGCACUACUACGAAGACUAUGGUGUCCCUCCAGCAAGUAACAUCAGCAGUGCAACCUUGCAUAUCUGUAUCUUGGAAGACUGACUCAAACUACUACUUCCUUCGGGAGUGCGUGUAUGUAUAGUAUACAUAUAUAUAUAUAUAUAUAAAUAUAUAUAUAUAUAUAUAGCUGCAGCUUGCAUAGAUGGUGCGUCAUUAGGAUAGCGCUGUUGAAGUACAGCAGUUGAAACCUUUUCAUGUGCCACUUCAGCGAUUGUGUUGCACUACCGCGCAAACUGCAAUACAUGUUUUUCUAUUACUCGUCCCACGUGCGGCUGCUGUAUCCAUAAUGGACUAUGAUGAAUGCUGGCAAUCGACAAAUGUGGCUGAAAGCUUAGAUGUAAUAUGUAAUGGCAGCUUGUUAGAUCGGUAACACUGUAGCUCAAGUGAGUUGCUUUUCACCUAUCAUUAUGGUAGUAGUACUUGAAAACAUAAUACUAGCGUGAUUUAGUUUGUCAUAUAAUACAGUGCGAGAGAGACUGAUAGGGAAAAACAGCAUUGCUGGAGAUGUGUUGUGACGUACUGCACUCAAGUAUGGUGCGGUGUAAACAUCCUUGAAAUAAGAGUGGAGGACUACUAGAUAAUUGUGGGUAGUAUGCGGUUAGAGCACAUUGCCACUGGACAAUACCCGAGCUGCUGUCACCAUGUGCGCACCUCGUAUCGCGGGGGUACAACUGGCCAAUGCUCUGCAACGAGUGCUUUUGCCUGCAGUCUUGUUCAACUACCCUCCUUGUCUCUGGGAGUGUCUCUUGAUUGUGGGCUGCACGUGAAGUGGUGCUGCAUUGCUUUGUUUAGACAGACUAGAGUGGACUCAAUUGUGUACAGCGUGUUUUAUAUAUAAUGCACAAACACUUGUUCUCUUGUGGUGCUGCUAUAAUGGUAUUGGCGCUAGUCAUCAUUCUUUCUGACAGUCCCCAAGUAGAAAAGAAAGUGACGUCAAUGGAACCAGCUGUCCCCUGUUGCUGAUUAACCAUGUUUCUCUUGGGGUGCAUGCUUGGAGCUUAAAACGAGUACCACGAUUGUUUUUCCAGAAGAUGAAAAUAAAUGUUUAUUUAAAUUA